AUGCCAGCGACCAAGAUCCGGCGCUCUGCCAACGGGGGAGUACUGAUCGAAGUAGCCGGCCCAAAUGGAGCGCAAAAAGCCGACGUACUGGCGGCAUACCUCGGCGAGAUGACGAGGGCCGAAUACGGGGACGCGGUUCGAAUCUCGCGCCCCACCACCAAGGGAGAAAUCCGAGUCCAGGGCAUGGACGACUCCGUAACGGCGGAAGAGCUUGCCGCCGUAAUGGCUGCAACAGGAGGGUGCGGAAUCGAAGCGGUAAAGGUUGGACCCCUGCGGGAGAUGACCAACGGCCUGCGGAGCGCGUGGGUCCAGUGUCCGCUGAGAGCGGCCACGAAAAUAGCCGCAAAGGGGAAGAUACCGGUAGGAUGGACGACGGUGCGAGUCAACCUCCUCGAGGCCCGACCGCGGCAAUGCUUUCGGUGCUGGGAAUUCGGUCACAUUGGGGCGACCUGCAAGGCACCCGAAGCACGCGGGGCAGCGUGCGACAGGUGCGGCGGCGAAGGGCACCAGGCGCGAACAUGCACGGCGGCUCCCAGAUACGCCAACUGCGCAGAGAGGGGCGGCAACAGCGCGCACAGAAUGGGCUCCGGACAAUGUCCGGCAGUAGAGGAGCGGGGUCGGAGGCCCGCAGCGGUGACGAACCGAAAUGGCCAGGCUGCCCCAAGUACUGCGAGUGUUGCAGUGCAACCUCAACCGUAG